CGAAACGCUGAUGAGAGGAGAAGCUCCGGGAAAGAGGUCUGGUGAAUUCCUUCCGCCUGCUCCAGCGCCCCGGAACCUCCAUACCCCCACCUGGGACAACCAUCCACUGUCGCGAAGCAUCGGAACCUUCCCCCUUCGUCCUCUCGAAACCCAAGGUGAGGGAGAUGGGUGAGGAAGAUGACUCGAUCGAGCAAGCCGUCGCCGCGAGGAGAGAGAGGCUGAGAGCUCUCAGAGCUGCUCAGGAGCUGCUUAAUGCUCCCAGCGAGGAUUCUGCUGCUCAGGCUGAUGGUAAGUCGGAUGGCGAGAAUGAGAAUGAUGAGAAUGAUGAGGAUGACGCCCAAGAGGAAAACCCUAGCAUGAAAUUCCGAAACUAUGUUCCUCAUGAUAAGCAACUUCAGGAGGGAAAGGUUGCACCACCUGUUCUACCAAAAUUUGAAGAUCCUGUUGCAACAGAACCUCCUCCAGCUGAAAAGAAGGACCCAUUUAUAAACAUUGCUCCCAAAAAACCUAACUGGGACUUAAGGAGAGAUGUCCAGAAGAAGCUCGAUAAGCUUGAAAGACGCACACAGAAGGCAAUGUAUAAGAUUGUUCAGGAGCAGGAGAAGCAAAAGGAGAAGGCUGAAGAAGAUGGUGAAAACGGAGCUAGCGAAUAGUUAAAUUUUCGAUGCUUUCGUGCUAAAAUGAGAUCAAAAUGUUAAGUCCAGAAAGAUCUUAGGGAAGGUGAAACCUCGUUGGCUGUGUAACCUACGAAGAACUGGAUGGGGGGAGCUGAUACUCCUUACUACCCUCUGUUACAUGGGCUGGCUUUCUUUC